UCAGAACAUACCCGUCCCGUUAAUUUCUCAUUUUUUCUGGACAGUGUUUUCAAAAUAAAAUAAUAUUUCUGUACUUAAUACAUGUUUCUGAAUUGAUAAAACAUUUACUGUGUAAUAAUGUAAAUAGUGUACGAAAAUGGACGGUGACAAACAACAUUCUGUAGGUUAUUCUACUAGAACCGCACUUAUAAAGUUACGAGACGAUAUUCAGUCUGUAAUAGAUGAACGUAAACAGAAAAAUUUCACAGGGUAUAGCUAUCUCAAGAAUAUUAUAUCAUUUUCAUCAGAGAAGGUGCUGCUGUCAGGAGUAGCCUACACAAUUACACUAGUAUACAUAGUGUGUCUUAUAAUUACCUAUUUCAUUGGAGAAUCAAUUCAAGCCCAUGCAUAUUUGUUAUGGGAAGCUUUCUUCCUGUUCUCCAUACUUGUCAUUAACUUUGUAGUAGCUUGCAGUGAGCAGUACUUGUACAGGAAUGAAAUACCUCAUAGAGUGAGAAAGGUUCUGGAAACAUUGGACGAAGCAGUAGAGUCGUCAGUAUGGAGGGAGAACCAUUACCCACAUUUAUGCGCCCCGUUCUCUCCGUGCGUAAUUCUUCAAUGGACCUACAGAGACGGGGAGGUGGUAAACCUGCCGUGGGCGCUGCUGGUGGAAGGAGACGUGAUCGUGCUACGACCAGGACAGGAGGCCCCCGGACACUGCCGCGGGCUGCAGAGAGAUGACCCGGAGCUGUUCUUCGGACAGACUUUCCAACCCGUCACACCGCAAAAGGAAACGUUCACGACGCCGCGCGUGCGCAGCCCACACGAGAACAGGGCGUACAGGAUGUGCGAGACGCCAUAUCUGAAGAACUUAAAAGUCGCGCUGGAGCAGGCUACCACUCGGCCGCUCACUGUUUUCGAGAGGUCCCGGUACUUGUGCACAGUAAAGAUAAUGGAGGGUAUAAUACUGCCGCUGGUAAUAUCCCUCGUGGUGAUAGCGAGCUUCGUCCGCCACGUGUACCACUUGCCCGGGGUGACCCACUGGACCGAGAUAUACUUCCUGCAGACCAUCGCCGCUAGUAUACCGCUCAUACAGAUCAUCUUUCCGCUCGCCUGGGUCACUCUCAACUGCUACGGCUUGGCGAGGUUCAAACUCCUCUCAGAAACCCGUCAGAAGUACAUCCGUCCCAAAUCAUGUUCGAUAUCAGAGGACGCAAGCGACCCGCUCUUACAAGCGCUGAGUGAGUCUAAUCUGAAGCCGGAUAGCCUCAAAACUUUAGCCAAGACCUUCUUCAACAUUCUCACUGGCAGAGAAGACAUGGUCUGCCGGACGGCUAACAUUGUUCACGUUUUAGGAUCUUUAUCGGCGCUGUGUUGCAUAGACAAGAAGGGUAUUCUUUCCUGGCCUAACCCAACCGCUGAGAAAGUGUUCUUCCUUCGCAAUUCGAGUUCAACAUCCAACGCGUCGAGUAAGACAAGCCUGGUGGGGUCCAUGGGGCAGAGUCAGACCACGCUGGAGCAACACGCUGACGUCAAAACUGUUCCGGAGCCUUCUACUAUUGUUGAGGUGCUAGACUUGACCCACGACCAGAAUGCGCCGUUCUGCGUGGAGUUCGACGACCAGCGCUGGCGGCAGCACCUGGCGCGCCUCAAGCCGCUGGGGCUGGCCGCGCUGCUUAACACGUGCGCGCCCGCGCCGCGACACACGUACGCGCACUUCUGCGCGCAUCUCACCUGCGAGGCCUUGAACAGUGAGGACCUGGUACCGGUGACGAACCGUCGCUGUCUGUGCGAGUUGGCCAAGCAAAUAGGAUUUACGGACGCUGUCGCCGACUCCUAUAACGUUGAAGAGUGCCUUGCCGUGUUCAGACACUUGCAAGCGGACACGAUAAGAAGAGAGACUCGCUUUGUACGCUCGCUACACCUGAACACGCGCGUCAAAGUGCCGCUACCUCAUAUGCUGGCCGUGCUUGUGAAGGAUCAAGCCAAUCAGCUGCAGAUGCUCUCUCAGGGCACAGCAGACAUAAUCCUGGACUCGUGCGUGGACUACUGGAACGGGCGCGACCUCACGCCCAUCUCGCCGGCUGACCGCAAGAAGAUCAUCGACUUCUACCAGCGGAACUCGCUCACUGCUUACUGCACUGCCUUCGCUUACAAGCCCCUGACGCGCGGCAUAUCGCCGUCUCUAUCGCAGCUUUACCUAGAGCUACCGCCGGACAGCCGCAAUCUGUACGCGCCGCACUCCCAGCACUGGGCCGAUGCGCCCGCGCUGCACUUCCACUCUACUGACUCGUUGCUGUUCAACGAGGUGACUGACGAUGACGUCAACGAUGUUGAAGGCUACUUUGACAUGCAGUGCAAUCAGGUAUUCAUAGGCAUGGUGACAAUGCAGUACCAGGCUCAGAGUGAUAUGGUAGAACUGAUAGAACGGCUCGAACGCGCAUGCGUACGGUUCGUGCACUUUAGCAAGGAGAACGAACUGCGAUCACGCGUGUUCAGCGAGAAGAUGGGCUUGGAGUCCGGGUGGAACUGCCAUAUCUCGCUUAUGAGCGAAGAUAAUCACAGCGCGGGCGGGUCGCCGGCGUGGUCGCCGCGGGCGCGCGCGCGCUGCAACACGGGCCCGCACGAGCCGCCGCGCCCGCUGCGCAGCGACGCGCAAGCCUUGUUCCAUAGCAAUAACAUGACGGCGUCGAAGGCUCUCUCACUGUCCGCGCCGGGCGCCAUCAACCUCGACCACUCCACCGUCAAAUUCGACAACGAGAUCAAGAAAGCGCGACACUCCAUCACCACGCAUAACGGGCUGAAGUUGCAACGCGGCAGCAUAGCAACGGCCCAUCCAUCAGCGGACUCCCUGCUAGACGCGGAGGAAGGCGAGUCAGCGGCUGACGCGUGUCGCUCGCUGUCCUGCCUCACCGACUCCACCGACCACUCCGCGCCGGUCAACUUCGACAUGAGCAACCGGGCUAAGCUGCCGCGUGGCAUCGAGAACAUCCGCCCGCACAUUGAGCAGGUGGACAACGUGCCGCUCCUCGUGUCUCUGUUCACGGACUGCACGGCCAGCUCCGCGCAACUCAUGGUGGAGAUCAUGCAGGAUUACGGAGAGGUAGUCUGUGUUAUGGGCUCUGCAGCCAACUGCCUCAAUAUGGAGAUAUUCAUGCAAGCUGAUGCCAGCGUAGCAGUAGAGCCGUUAUACCCCGUUCUAUGUCAAAAGAUGCCUCCAUACCAACUGCCCGAGAAGUGCAUUGGACCGAUAGAUUUAGCGCGCACACUCAACUCUAUACCCUGUUCCUUGUCGAUGACGCGCGACGCUGACGUGUCGUUGUUCACAUUGAUCACGAUGUCGCGGCACUUCACCACGUGUCUGUGGAACACCACACAGUUCUGGAUGUGCAGCGUCGUUUUCAUCGCCCUGCUGCAGGUGGGGUCCCUGUGCGCGUUCCUGCCGCUGUCGCUGACAGUGGGCGGGUCGCUGUGGAGCAGUGCGGUGGUGGUGCCGGCCCUAGCGGCGGCGCUGGCUAUCGCGCCCGUCGACGCCGCCGUCAUGACGCGUGCUGCCACCAGGCACAUCAACAUGCACUACAAGACGGCAAUCUUCGUGUUCUGGUGCUACGCCUGCAAGUUCCUGCCCUCGAUCAUAGCAAUCCUGACCCUCUACUGGUACACCCUGCGCAGCUUCUGUCUCCAGAUCUCGGUCGCCACCAACGCCACCUCUUGUUGGCUGGUAUACCCGAUCAAUAAGGGCAACUUCUCCGAGACCUACGAUCUGAGUUUGAGGAGUUGGCACGGAUGGGGUGAUGACUUCUACGACGGAUUCUACCUGGCGCAGCAUAUCACGCUUGCAUUGGUUACAUUGCAUUUAAUUGUGAUAUCGAUGUCGUUCGUACACCGACAGUACUCGCUAUGGAGCAGAGGAUUUUGGACGAACACCGUAUGGUGUGCGAGUGUUGUAGUUUUAAUGAUCAUCCAGCCAAUAUUCAGCGUGUCACUGCUAAGUUACUCGUACGGGUCGUGCGAGCGCUGGGGCAUGUGCGGGUACCGCUACCACGUGGAGUGGCCGCUCGCUCUCAUGUUCGCCAUGUCCCCACUGCUUUGCUGCGGGCUCAACGAGUUCAUCAAGUGGCAGGAGAUCAAAGCUGACGUCCGCAACCAAAGACGCGCUCGUUUAGAUUUCGGUACAAAGCUGGGAAUGAAUUCACCAUUCUAAACUGAGUUGUAUGUCUCUAGUCAAUUACGCUUAGCAAAAUUUGUGAAUAUGUAGUUUGUACACAAACAACGAUGCCAAUUCAUGGUUAACUCGUUUAUUUUUAAGAGAAAAGUGACGUACUUACGGCGGAUGUGCCAUUGUAUGCUAUUUUGUACUUACUUUAUACGUACUACUCUGUUUUCGAUGAAUGAUUUAUUUUACAAUAAACUGUUGAAACUGCCUA